GAAAUACGAUGAGUUUUAUCAAGACUGACGAUAUAUCUGUCAGAUUGACGUCGAUUUUUAUGAAGCUCGUAGGAUUAUGGAUGGCGACCGAACGAUCCGAGCAACGCAUUAGGAAUAUUACGGUGGGUUACACGUUGGUCGCGAUCACCUUCGCCAUGUGGUUGCAAACCACGGAUAUGUAUUACUCGUGGGGUGAUUUUAGCGCCUGCCUUUUCGAUGCAUGCAAUAUGUUGUCGUUAAUGAUGCCGUUUAUCAAGAUACUCGUUUUGCUUGCGCAUAAAGAAGAUUUUUUUCGUUUAAUACUUUACCUGCAACGAAAAUUUUUGCAUGGAAAUUACAACGAUUACGAAAGAAAAAUUGUAAUCAAUUGUAAACGAAAAUGUACAUUUUUCAUUUGUUUCUUUACACUUUUUACUCUGGCCACUGUUGCCUCUUACAUUAUUAACCCACUUGUCGCAAAUAUUGGAAGAAACGAGACAGACAGGGUGCUUCCAUUCAACAUGUGGAUUGACUUUCCACUCACCGUAACACCAUACUAUGAAAUAAUAUUCGUUCUACAGGUUUUAUCUUUAUAUCAUAUUGGAAUAAGUUACUUUUGUUUCGAUAACUUCUUAUGCAUCAUGAAUUUACACGUGGCUGGUCAGUUUCGAGUAUUGCAGUAUAGAAUCGCAAACAUGCCAGAUUUAAUGAAAAAAAUGGAACAAAGUAGAGAUAAAAUAUUAAAUACGGGAGUAUCGUGCCUUGCGAAUGAAUGUUAUAGCAUUUUCAAAAAAUAUAUACGGCAACAUCAGGCGCUUAUUGCGUAUUGCGGGAAAUUAGAGGAAGUAUUCAGUUUGAUUAUUCUGGAGCAAGUAUUGAUGUUCAGCUUGUUAAUUUGCCUCGAUGGAUAUCAGGUGCUUAUGGCAGACGCAUCUACCUCGAUACGCGUGAUUUUCAUUUGCCAUAUAUUGGCAUGCCUAUGCCAAUUGUUGAUGUUCACUUACAGCUGUGACUGUAUCAUACGAGAAAGUGCGAGCGUAGCCACCGCAGCGUACAAAGGACCUUGGCUAAUAUUGCCAAUGUCCACAAACGGAAGAAUGAUGCGAAAAGAUUUGACUCUGAUUAUCCUGCGAUCGCACAUACCUUGUUGCUUAACAGGCAAAGGUUUCUUCGUCGUAUCUCUAGAAACAUACACUAGCGUACUAAGUACAGCAACAUCAUAUUUUACACUGCUGAGACAGAGUGAGACUCCGUGACAUAUGUUAAUCGUGACAGUAUACAUAGUGUAAAU